UCCUACACCCAAAAAGCAUUCUGCCAUUGCCCUUCACUUCAGGGAAGAUAGGUAGCCACCCAAAAUGAUCAAACUCCUCCUCCUCCUGCUACUCCUCACCACCACCACCACCACCACCACCACCACCACCACUUUGGCCAAACAACCCUAUAGCUUGGUCCAAAGCCAGAAGCCAGCCCCGAAGCCCCACCACGAGAAGCUCACCCACCUGCGCGUCUUCUUGCACCACAUAGUAAGCGGUCGCUGCCCGAACUCCGUGCAGGUGGCCCAGGCAGCGUCAACAAACACAUCAAGCAGCUUCUUUGGCCAGGUGAACGUGAUCGACAACGCGCUGACGGAAGGCCCGGCGAUGGCAUCCAAGCUUGUCGGCCGGGCGCAGGGACUCUACGCGUUGGCCUCGCAGGAGGGUGUAGGCCUUCUGAUGGCCAUGAACUUUGCUUUCAUGGAUGGCAAGUACAACGGAAGCACGAUCACGGUGCUCGGCCGAAAUAUGGUGUCCACGCCGGUGAGGGAGAUGCCGGUAAUCGGCGGCAGCGGGCUGUUCCGGCUGGCCCGGGGCUACGUCCAGGCCAAGACCUACAGUUCUGACAUGAAGACCACGAACGCAGUGGUUGAGUACAAUUGCUUCGUCCUCCAUUAUUAAGGUUGUUUCAGUAGUCUUCUUGUAAAAAGAAAAGUCGAUCGUCUUCACUGCUGUGGUGCUUCUACUUUCGUUUCUGCAAGUCCUGUGUGCUUCUACUUUCCCACCAGUAAGUAUUGUAUUUUUAGUACUUUUUAAAUAACAAAGACAGAACUGUGGUUGUAAAUAAUUGUUUGCUCAAUAAAUCUCAAAAGUAACCUUUGGUGCUGA